UACGUUUAAUCGACUCGAUUAAUAUUACUUGUGUUUAUACUGGUAGUGUUUUUCACGUGUAUAUUAAUUAUUUAAAAAAGUAGGCUACAGUUUAUUGGGAUAAAAGUUCACUUUAGCCUCUCAAUUGAGUUGCAGAUUAGUUUAGAUAUUAGUGUUUAUUACAAACAGAAGGUGAAUAUCUCCGCAGUGUCUGUAUUGUAGUGGCUUUAAAUGCGACAGGUUUGUGUUGUUGCUGUUGUUGAUGAUGUCUGUGGAGCAGAUGUGUUGUGUUGUAACUGUUUCUGAGAUCAUGUGCAAUGAGAAGCAGCAACAGCCGACUGUGAGCCCACUGAGCUGCAGUGGAGUGGUGAUAAACUAUCAGUCUGGACUUGUGCUCUGCAGUGGUCUGUUGUUUUCUCGGUUUUUAUUAGAUAAAGACUGUAAACGCCAAAACCCCAAUGUAUUAAGUGCGUCCAAAUUUAGUAACCAAAUCCAAGUUUUCAUAGAUCACGUAGAUGUUAAGGUAAACCAAUGCACAAGCAAGAGAUUCCUAACGAACGAGUGUCCAACGUGUCGUAAACCUGCUGAGCUGCUCACGAUGAUUAACUGUGUGGAGUUUCAGGUGGCUUUUCAAAAACUGUUCACUGACUCUGAACAGUGGAAGUUUACUGAUCUGGAUGAGGACGAUGAAAUUCUCUACGACUCGAAUUUCUUGAGUUGGUUUGCAGUGCUGCGGAUGACCACAGACACCCAAGUUGAUGCUGAUGCUGUGCCUUGGAUAAAGAGUACAGCGCUUGCAAAGGGAUGUUCUGUCCUGGCGUGUGGAUCUCCGUUCGGUUCGUUCUGUCCAGAUCUGUUCAUGAGUACACUGAGCAAAGGCAUCGUGAGCAACCUGGCUGGAGAGGACAAUGCGUUGAUUUUGACAGAUGCCCGCUGUCUGCCCGGCACUCAAGGAGGAGGCCUCUUUGUUAGUGAUGGAGACAAGCCGUAUCUUGUGGGUUUAAUCACUUCACCACUGUGUUGGAAGUCGAAUGAAUGGAUUGGUCUGACUUUAGUGUGUUCUCUGCAUUUAAUUUUAAAAAACAUAUCACAGGCUGUAACCCGUCAUCAGUCAUUGAGAGAGAUAUCAAUACACUCAAUCACUGAUAGCUCUCAUGCCCCAGCACCCCAAAACUCAGAAAAUGGAAAGUACCCAGUGGUGGUUGUGGUUGAAUCUGGACAAGUUUGGGGUUCUGGCAUUAUGUUAAGUCCAAAUUUGGUGUUAACAUGUAGACAUGUUGUGAAUGGGAGACAGUUUCUUAAAGUCACUCUCAACACUAGUCAAAGAGCUCAGACUGUGAGUAGCACAGUACUGUAUUCUACAAAGGAAACUUCUCCUUAUGAUGUAGCCUUUGUGCAGCUUCAGGAAUCUUUUCCUCAUGUCAUGGUGCCACAGAUAACCACCGUUUUUUUGCCUGGUGAGGAUGUGCUUGUACUGGGUUAUGGAGGUUUAGGGAAGACCUGUGGCCCCUCACUGACUUCAGGGAUACUGUCCAGAGUUGUCCAAUUGCAAAACAAGCCAGUGAUGUUACAGACAACGUGUGCAGUGAAUUGCGGAGCCAGUGGUGGGGCUGUUGUCCGUGCCAAUACGGGCGAGUUGUUAGGUAUUGUGGCCAGUAAUACAAGAGAUUUUGCAGCUAAGGUUACAUAUCCCCAUUUAAACUUCAGCAUCCCAGUUUCUGUGCUGGAACCUCUUCUGAGACGCUUUGCACAGACGCAAGACCCUGCUGUCUUUCAGGAAUUGGACAGCGUGGACCAGGAGGUUAGGAGAGUGUGGAGACUUCAGAUUCCUCAAAGCAAGCUGUGAAUUCUACAUUUCCUAAAUGGAAUUAACAAACCGCCUACUCCAGUCAUUUUAAUUCCUGAACUUACAGUCUACUGGAAAAAUAGGAAGAAAAUGAAAAUAAAUUUUAAAGGUUAUUGAUUGCAGGAUAUUUUGUCUGCUUGAACAGAACGUGUAUCAUUUAAUUCUAUGUGGACAUCAAAUGUAAUUAUAAUUGAUUAGUAUAAGGACUAAUACUAUAAGCUAUUGUGCAAACUGCUAGGAAAAGCUUUUUAAAUCAAUUUUGCUUUUAUCUUUUUGCGUUUCAUAAAAUUGAUGAAUGAAUUUUACUAUAUUUCAGUGUUUUGAUAAUACUUUUUUAACUAGUACCAUAUUACAACUAUGGCAAACUCAAUGAAUUCAGAGAGCUACUUGUUUUGCUGUACACUGGUGCUAUGUUAAUCUUUCCACGAUGUUAAUCAAUGCUAAACAGGUACUAGCUACCAAUUAACAUUGAAUUUUUAGUAAAUAUUUAUAAAAUAAUAUGGUUUAAGUGUGAGUCUGUGUACAUAAGGUAGUGUAAGAAAGCAAAGUACAAUUCAGUAUUAAAUGCAACUCUGUGUGA